AUGGAUUUCUCAGUUUUUGCCAAUCAGAGUCCAGCUCAUAAUGAUUUCCGUAGUGAUACUUUCACCACUCCAACACCUUCUAUGAUCCAAUCAUUAGCUCUAACCACAUUGGGAGAUGCAGUAUACAAUGAAGAUCUUAAAACAAUAGAAUUAGAAAAAAAAGUUGCCAGUUGGACAGGUAAAGAGGCUGGGUUGUAUUGUGUUAGUGGAACUUUAUCAAACCAAAUUGCCAUUAGAACUAAUCUUUUUCAACCUCCAUACAGUGUACUUUGUGAUUAUCGAUCACAUAUCUAUGUACAUGAAGCUGGUGGUUUAGCCACCUUGAGUCAAGCUAUGAUUCAACCUUUGGUUCCUUCCAAUGGUGACUACUUGACUCUUGAAGAUAUUCUUGAACAUAUCAUUGAUGAUGAUGGUGAGAUCCAUGGUGCUCCUACAAAGUUGAUCAGUUUGGAAAAUACCUUGCAUGGAAUAAUUAUGCCAAUUGAAGAGAUUGAAAAAAUAAGUAAAUUUUGUCAUGAAAAUGAUAUUAAAUUACAUUUGGAUGGAGCUAGAUUAGUGAAUGCUUCGGUAGAAACUGGUAUUCCAAUGUCUGAAUAUUGUAAAUGGUUUGAUAGUGUAUCAAUCUGUUUAUCUAAAACCCUUGGUGCUCCUAUUGGAUCAGUAUUAGUAGGAUCUUCAAAAUUCAUUGCCAAGGCUAACCAUUUCAAGAAACAACAGGGAGGUGGAAUUAGACAAUCCGGUCUUCUUGCAUCUAUGGCAAUUGUUGCAAUUGAUGAAAAUGUAUCAAAACUUAAAUCUACCCAUGAAAGAGCUAAGGAAUUGGGUAAAUUAUGUGAAGAAAAUGAAAUCAUUUUGGAACAUCCAGUGCACACUAACUUUGUAUUUGUUGAUAUAAAAGCAAACAAGAUUGAUCCAGAUAAGUUGAUUGAAAUUUCCGAUAAACAUGGUGUGAAGAUCUACUCAGGGCGUGUUUCUUUCCACUACCAAAUCUCAGAGGAAUCAUUUGAAGCAUCAAAGAAGGUUAUCUUAGAAGCUGCUCAGUAUGCAAAGGAACAUCCAUUUGAAGGCAAGGAUAAUUUCAAGUUUUACACCAAUGAAAAGAAAUAA